GCAAUCAAUCAAGCACAAUUCAACCCAGCUCUUUGAGACACUCUUGCACAGAAACAGCAUGGCGUCUCCCGAUAAGAGCUUGCAUUUGAACAUGCCAAUGAUGCCUCCGCCCAUGCAUUCGCGCGGUGGUAGCGACUUGGGCGAACGACCUCUGACUCCCACCUCUCCACGACACCAGGGCCACAAUGCGCAGCCCUUCAUCUCGCCCGCCCAGACACCGCAGGGCAGUCCCAGCAAGAAUCGCAUGCCCCCCGGCGCCUUCGACCUGCCCGAUGUCUUCUCCAACGCCAUGAAACUGCUGCCCACUUUGGGCUCUCCCUCCAAAACACCCCGAAACCAGGACCACAGCCCUACGCGCAAGAAUGGCAAGGAGAACACCCCGCCAACUCGUCCUGGCGCCCAACAACAAGACCACGUCAGCCAGGCUGCUGCUUCUAGGCAAAACCAGUACCGCCCACCGCAAGACGACCAGCCCCUGGCGAGACAACGAAGUGUCAUCUCAGGCGGUCUGACCCAAGAGGAGAUUGAGAAGUUGCAGAAGCCGACCGUCAAGCGUCUGGCCAAUGUCACCCAGCUCUACUUUCUCGACCACUACUAUGACCUCCUCAACUACGUUUCCACUCGCCAAAAGCGCACCGAACUCUUCCACGCACAUAACCCUCCCCCGCCACAAACCCCCAAUGCUGAGUACCAAUCAAACAUGCAGCAAUAUCUUGGACGCGAACGUGCGAAGCUCCGUGCCAGACGUACCCGUCUCAACCAUGGUGACUUUGCUAUCCUCACACAGGUCGGUCAGGGUGGUUACGGCCAGGUCUAUUUGGCGCAGAAGAAGGACACACGCGAGGUUUGUGCCUUGAAGAUCAUGAGCAAGAAGUUGCUCUUCAAGCUCGACGAAGUGCGCCACGUCUUGACCGAGCGCGACAUUCUCACGACUGCAAAGAGCGAUUGGCUGGUGCGUCUCUUGUAUGCCUUCCAAGACGACUCCAGCAUCUACCUCGCCAUGGAGUACGUCCCCGGUGGUGACUUCCGCACUCUUCUCAAUAACACCGGUGUCCUGCACAACCGCCAUGCCCGUUUCUACAUCUCCGAAAUGUUCCUCUGCGUCGACGCUUUGCACCAACUCGGCUACAUUCAUCGCGACUUGAAGCCAGAAAACUUCCUGAUCGAUAGCACCGGUCACGUCAAGUUGACUGACUUUGGUCUGGCUGCCGGUUUCCUAGCCCCUGCUAAGAUUGAGAGCAUGCGCAUCAAGCUCGAGGAGGUCGGGAACAUGCCUCGCGACGCCAUUCCCUUCGGCAGACCCAUCGAGGAGCGUUCGCUCAAGGAAAGAAGAGAAGGAUACCGCAGUCUGCGUGAGCGCGACGUCAAUUACGCAAAGAGUAUCGUUGGAAGUCCCGACUACAUGGCCCCUGAAGUGCUCAAGGGCGAUGAGUACGACUUUACCGUCGACUACUGGUCUCUUGGUUGCAUGCUGUUCGAAGCUCUUGCUGGAUACCCACCAUUCGCUGGUGCCACGGUUGACGAGACAUGGCAGAACCUGAAGCGCUGGUCGUCAGUCUUGCGCAAGCCCGAAUACGAAGACCCCAACUACUUCCUUUCGCGCCGUACAUGGGAUCUCAUCACCCGCCUCAUCUCCGGUAAGAACCAAAGACUGCGAGGUAUGGCCCAAGUCAAGGCGCACCCUUACUUCGCCGAAGUCCGUUGGGAGCGCCUGCGUGAGGAGCGUGCUCCUUUCGUACCCGAACUCGACAGUGAGACCGAUGCCGGUUACUUCGAUGACUUUGAGAGCGAGAAGGAUAUGGCCAAGUACAAGGAAGUCAAGGACAAGCAAAGGGCUCUCGAAGAUAUGGCUGAGCGUGACGAAAAGAUGGGUCGCAACCUUUUCGUCGGCUUCACCUUCAAACACCGCAAGCCUGCCGUCGAUGAAAACGGCGAGCGCACCAGCCCUCGCAAACCUUUGCCUCAAGUCGAUGAAGAUUUCGGCACCAUCUUCUAGAUGCACUUCUUUUUGACCUUUCUUCUUUUUCUUUACUAGGGAUAUGGCGUGGGUGAGGGAUGGGUGGGUGUUGGGAACAGCGAUUACGGUUGGGCAUCGGCUGAGGAACUUCGAUUGAUGAUCGGAUUGACACGACUUUGCAUGGGACAUAUUUCCAAGUCUUCAUUUCUUUGUUUCCUUUUAUUUUCUCCUUCAAGAGUCGAUUGAAUCGAUGAAACAUGUUCUUUUCUUCUGAUUGAACCCCCUUUAAGCCCGGCUCAACAUGGAACUCCCUGACUUGAUGCUGAAGACUGUGAUGUAUGUGUGUCUUCGGCGAGUAUGCACGCUUGAGCGGCCAUGUCUCGUUGAAUGAUCCCUAGACCUUAUCUAU